AUUCUCACUCUCUUCAUUGUGUUUGGGUUUUUGAAAUUUGCUAGGGUAAAACAAAACCAGAAGAAGAAGAAGAAGAAGAAGAAAAAUGGAGGGUGGAGACGAAGGAGUAGAGAUGGUAGUGGAUUCCAAAGACAUGCAGCAGCAGAGUAAAGCAUUCGAUAAACUCACUGACCGCGUCGAAGAUCGUCAGCUUGAUUCCACUCGCGUUCAAGAAGCCAUGGCUUCCAUUGCGGCUUCUGCUGAAGCCGAUUGGAAUGUCAUGCGCAUGAGGGAGAAAGAAUUAGCUGCUGUUAAGAUAAAUCCAGCAGAAGUUGAUAUAAUUGCAAAUGAACUAGAGUUGGACAAAAAAGUGGCUGAAAGAACCUUACGCGAACAUAAAGGUGAUGCAGUUGCUGCCAUUCGGCAUUUGCUUCGCUAAUGUGGUAGAAAAAAACAAGGGCCAAUGUUUCAGAAUAUGAUUUGUAUUAACUUACAUCGUUUUGCAUUGAAAUGUGAACCUCAAAUGUAUACUAUGAUAUAGUUCAUUAAAAAUCUGAACUAUGUUUUUUGUCGUUGGAAUAUCCCCAUUCUCAAAAGAAGUUUUCAUUAUCUAA